AUGACGGCCGUACAAAAACGUCAUUCGCGAAAGCAAACAGUUUCCCUGGGUCUCGAGACGAUUGCAUUUCGAACUCAUUCAUCAGCAUCCUCUGCGAUAUCACAGCACCACGAACAGACGACUCUUAAAUUUCACCGUACGCCUGGCGCUAUAUUGGAACCUCAGACAAGUGACCUUGGCCAGGAAAGAGUUCCAAGAGCAUUCCUUGCUUCCCGAAACGAGGCUAUGAGUUUCCCUCUGUCGGAAAAUCAACGACUUCUAACUCUGCAGCCAAACGCUGAUUCUAAGAACCACUCCAGUCACCGGCAGACUCUCGCUCCGCCCACUAGCAUCACAUUGGCCGGGUUGGACAGACGGCCCCCGUCCGCUGUAGCGUCUCUUGAAGCAAGGCAUUGCCAAGGAUCUACUACGUCGAAGGAUCCGAGCCUCCAGCACUUAGCAGCAGAUGCUCUUCAGGCUGUGAGACCGCCGCGAGAUACAGCCAUUUCGCUGCCGCAGCUCGCCAACGACAUUUCCAUUUCUACGCGAAGACUAUCUUUGAGAGACGACCACUUGCCAAGCUUGUCCACUCUUUCACGAGACGCUCCGAAUUUUAGAUCUCGCCUCAAAUCCGAAAGUCAAUCACCUCCACCACUGCUGGUGCCGGCAAAUGGAGGGCUGCCUCCGUUGCAAAUGGUUUCACCUGGAUUAGAGAGCCUAGGUCAAAGCUUGCCUUCCAUUCGGUCAACGUUUGGUGACAUCAAUAGAAUUCCUCCUAUUGAGAAGGAGCCAUCAAGAUCACCUACUCAGAUUCCAAAAUGUCCCACCUCACCAUCAGGUACUAUCCCUCGGCUCCCUCCGAUAUCAGCGAGCCACGCAUCGCCACCCAUCUCACCGAACGAUGGAUAUCGAAGCAAGUUUCCGUCACCACACUCUAUUGCAUCGCCUGAAGGCUCUUUUGGAUAUCCUCCUCGCGGCUCUAGCUACGGCACAUCUCGAACAGGCUCUGAUGGAGACACGGCACAUUCUCCCUCGACUUCGACACAGUCUCAUAUGAGCAUCGACGGCAUCACAAGCGGUUCGAUUGGCUCGUAUAUUUGCACUUUUGAUGGCUGCAAUGCUCAUCCAUUCCAGACGCAGUACUUGUUAAAUUCACAUGCUAAUGUCCACUCUUCGGCUCGUCCCCAUUACUGUCCCGUCAAAGGCUGUCCCAGAAGCGAGGGCGGCAAGGGAUUCAAACGCAAGAACGAAAUGAUCAGACACGGCCUGGUGCAUGACUCUCCAGGAUACGUUUGUCCAUUUUGCCCAGACCGUGAGCAUAAAUAUCCUCGUCCAGAUAAUUUACAACGACACGUCCGUGUUCAUCAUUUAGAAAAAGACAAAGAUGACCCUUUGCUACGAGAAGUUCUGUCCCAGCGACCAGACGGCCCAAAUCGCGGGCGUAGACGGAGGGCUCCUGCUGCAUAG